UUCACGAACCUAUACACAUCGCCAUUGCGACAACACAACCCUAUCUACAAUAUACCCAUCCUUGAACUACACGAAAGAUGGCCUCAAGCACACUUCCACGUUCUGCUAUGCGCAGUCUAACCCGAGCGACGCCCUCUCUACGAUCAGCACCUCGGCGCAUUGCCACGAGAUGUCUCCACCAACAAUCAUCGCCUAUCACAGCCUCAAGAUUGCAACAUAGACCGACAGCACAGCCCUGGAGCCAAAGGGUAGCGGCACCUUCAGCGACAGUCGCGCGACGAACCAUGUUCAUCCAAACCGAGCCCACACCAAACGCCGAUGCCCUAAAGUUCAACCCCAACCAGCGCGUCCUCCCAGAAAACAUCUCCUCCCCGUUCCUCGAAUACCUCAACCCCCGCUCUACCCUCGCCCCGCCACAUCCAUCCCCUCUCGCCGCCCAACUCCUCAACAUUGACGGCGUAACCAGCGUCUUCUUCGGCGCCGACUACAUCACCGUUACAAAGGACUCGGCCACCCCCUGGUCGCACGUUAAGCCCGAGGUCUUCGCCCUCAUCAACGAAUACAUGACCUCGGGCCAACCCAUCGUCAACACCGUCGCCGCAAAAGCUGGUGAGCAAGGCCAAGGCGGUCAAGAAGCCGACAGUCUUGCCUACGACGAAAACGACGAUGAAGUCAUUGGCAUGAUCAAAGAACUCCUCGACACGCGCGUCCGCCCCGCUAUCCAAGAAGACGGUGGUGACAUUGAAUUCCGCGGCUUCAACGACGGCCAGGUUCUGCUCAAGCUGAGGGGUGCGUGCCGUACCUGCGAUUCUAGCACCGUGACACUCAAGAAUGGCAUCGAGAGCAUGUUGAUGCAUUAUAUUGAGGAGGUCAAGGGCGUGCAACAGGUGCUGGAUCAGGAGGAGGAGAUUGCUAUGAAGGAGUUUGCCAAGUUUGAGGAGAAGCUGAGGCAGCAGAAGGGGCCUGAUGCGACGGCGGGGACGGUUGGCAAGGGCAGUUUGGAUUAUGUGGAGUAGAUGGGGCCAUUGAUUAUGUGAUACCAAUGCAUUCAUUCUGCAACUGAAAAAGCUGUGUGUGUAGUAAGAAACUAUAUCAUGUCGUGAGUUCCAACCGUGUGUACAUGACAUGCAGCAUGAUCAAGCUCAAGAACAGAAUGUCGGGGUAUUCAGUGGUAGUAUUUUAGCAUACGAGAGUAGCGCUGAGCCGUUGAGCAAGUCAAAUAUACUACAAGAACAAACGAUUGAGGAAAAGAGUCGUACUAAUGCCGAUAUUCAACAAUAACGAGGUAGGGUAUCCUGAACGUGCCAAUG